UCCCUCCCGACAGAGACAGCAGUCUGCAGUCAGGAGCACCCGGAGUCCCGGAGGCCAGUGACGGCCCAGGAGAGGCAGCGCGAGCGGGAGGAGAAGCGGCGGAAGCGCCAGGAGCGGGCCAAGCAGAGGGAGCGCAAGCAGCGGGAGCGGGAGCGCAAGGAGCUGAAGGAAGGCGACAUCCUGGGGGGCGUGGUGCUGAGCCAGGGCGACAAGAGCCUGCUGCAGCGUUGGAUGAGGAUGACCGAGGGCAGGCAGAAGCCCGAGGCCGGGGAGACGGCGGCCCCCGCCCUCAACGGGGGCCCAGAAGGCCCGGCGGCAGGGGCCAAGCCAGGUGCAGGCCUCGGGCCUACGCCAGGCCUUGGCCCGACCCCAAGCCUCAGGCCGAACGUGGCUCUUGGGCCUACUCCAGAACUCAGGCCGAGUGUGGGUCUUGGGCCUACUCCGGAACUCGGUACUAACGUGGCUCUCGGGCCUACUGCAGAGCUCAGGCCGAGUGUGGGUCUUGGACCGACCACAGACCUAGGGCCUACCCCUGAGCUCGGGCCUAGUGUGGGCCUUGGGCCUAGUGUGGGCUUCGGCCCACCUCCGAGUCUUGGGCCUAACGUAGGCUUCGGGACUGCCCCAGGCCUUGAGCCCGGCCUAGGCCCUGGCCCCGGCCCAUCUCUGGCCUUUGGCACUGCCCCAGGCCUGGGGUUCAGGCCCAGCCUCGGUCCAGGCCCCAGCCUGGGUUACGAACAGGCCCCUGUCCUCCGGCCAGGUGGGGGGGCGUCUGAUGGGCCCAGUGUAGGCCUGGAGCCUGGCCCAGCCUUCCCCAGGCCCAGUCAGGCCUGGGCUGGCGACCAACAGCGACCCCCAGCCCUCCUGUACCCCCCGGGGCUGUGUGAGGUUCCCUGGGGCCGGGGAAACGAGACACUACAGGCCCAGCCCAGCCAGCCUCAGGCUGCUGGGUUUGGGGAGCUGGGUUUGCGUGAGGUUCCCCCCCAGCCUCCGGCAGCUUACCCCCGGGAGGAGCAGCAGCAGGCCCCUUGCCCAGGCCCACAGCAGCCUCUCGCCCUCCCUCCCGCUAACACCGAGUCUCCCGACAUCAACACCGUGACCCAGCAACUCUCCAAAUCACAGGUGAAGGAUUUGCUGCCGCCUGGGUUCUCGGUAACACCGAAGGGGAGUGGAGCAGGCUACGGGCUCGGCUUCGACCUAGAGGAGUUCCUCAAUCAGUCCUUCGACAUGCAGGGUGACAGUCACGACAGCCAGGGUGACUCAGCGCCGUUAUCAGCCUCUCUGUUGGCUGACUGGUUGGAGGUGCACAGGAUGAACCCGGCAGAUAUGGAGUCCCUGCAGCAGGAGCUACAGCUUGGCUCGCCCAUGAUUCUCUCGGACGUACCUGACCUUUAGUUGGAAUGGGGUGUUUAACCAAAUGCAAUCCGAGAGCCAGGACAUUGUCUCAUGGACUGGAGAUAUCGCAGAUGUGAGGACAGCUCACGCCGGUGCCCGUGGGCGACGGUACUCCAUGGAGAAUGAGAGACUGUUUAACAUUCGAUGUUCUGAUUGGAGGCUACGAAUCUAAACAAACACCGCCACCCCGCCAUCACAUUUCCAGCAAUGUCAGGCAUGAGGGAACGCUACUGUAUUGGGGAGGGUCAGCGCUGAGGGAGCCCCGCACUGUGGGAGGGUCAGCGCCGAGGGAGACCUG